CGCUUCUCAGGCGCACGCUGUAUCGUAUUACGUUGCAAUAUAAUAUUUGACGCAAGAUAUUUUAUGCUUGAAAGGUGUAUUUGUUGCACAAAAUAUUUGGAGAGACCAAAGUUUUGAAAAAGUACCGUAUCCUAAUAUAAUAUUUAAUGUAAAAUAUGCGAAAGCUGAAGUCUCGACGCAGCUGAAAUUGCUUAUUUCUGAAUUCAAUGCGUUGGCAGUUAUAUUAUUUGGGAAAUAAGUUGACUUGAAUAUCCAUUCGUACGUGUUUAGGCUAAACGUAUUUGUCAGUGAUGGGAAACCUAUGUUGCGGCAAGGCGACACUGGGGAUUGGAUCGGUACGUUUGAAGGACACAAAGGAGCAGUGUGGGGUGUGGCGUUAAAUCCACAGGCUACGCGAGCUGCGACCGGCGCAGCAGAUUUUAAUGCCAAAGUCUGGGACGCGAUUAAAGGCGAGGAGGUCCAUUCGUUUCAACACAAUCAUAUAGUUAAAUCUGUCAAUUUUAGUACCGACUCGAAUAAUCUGUGCACUGGAUCCAACGAGAAGCUUGUGCGCAUUUAUGAUCUUAAUAAGCCAGAGGCGGCACCGCAGAUCUUCUCAGGUCACACAAGUGGUAUUAGGCACGUGACUUUCUUCGACAAUAACUCUGCCCUAAUCACCUGUGCGGACGAUAAGACACUGAGGGUGUGGGACAGAAAUAGCGGGCAAGAAGUUAAGAGAUUAGACUUCCCCGCGAUUCCGAGUUCCAUGGAAGUGUCGAAGGAUGGAAACGUCAUUACCACCACUCACUCUAACAUUGUUACCUUUUGGGACAGCAAAGAAUUAACCAAGAUAAAGGAAUUUAUGGUCCCGACUCAAGUCAAUAGUGCCUGCUUGCACCCGGAUAGUACUAUUUUUGUUUGUGGCGGGGAGGACUUCAAAAUGUACAAGUUUGACUAUAACACAGGGGCAGAAAUAGAGUCUUUCAAGGGACACUUUGGGCCUGUACACUGCGUACGCUUUUCACCGGACGGUGAAUUGUACGCUAGCGGAUCCGAGGACGGUACUUUGAGAUUAUGGCAGACCGUAGUCGGAAAAACCUACGGGUUGUGGCGCUGCGUAGAACAGACGCCCACAAUACAAGAAAAUGCCGUCGUAAUUAAUAACAAACAAGAAGUUCCUGCCACUUAAAGUUGGACCGCAGGGAGAGACAAGAACAUCUCCGGAUGUCUCUCCGAAGGCCUGUAAGCAGACCUCUCGGAUCAAAUUCGAGCGAGUGGAUGAAUAUUCUGCAAAAUAAAACGCGCCGAAUAUUUGUUAUUUGGGCCGCCGGAAACCCUUGUAAAUAACCCAUCCUCUUAGAAAGGGAUCGCCCGCCUCCACCGUGGCCUUUAUUCCAAAACUAACAGUGAGGACCAAUUCCAGAGCUCGUGGAGACGCGGGGGAUACAGGAUUGUUAUUUAUACUGCGAGAAGGAUCAACAAUGAAAAAGAAAUAUUAACAUUUAUUAACAUUAUACACGUCACGUUAUUAUAAUACAAAAUUAGGUAGAGAUGU